GGCCGGGCCGGAGUCGUGCGCAUGCGCGGCGCCGGCGCCAUUUUGGUGGCCGGGCGCGGAGGUGAUUCCACACUGAGGAGAGCGCGGCGGCCGCGGUGGCAGUGGCAGGGGUGGCCGUGGUAGCUUUCGGGUGCUCGGGUCUGAAUCGCCGAGUGAGGAGGCGGUGGAGGAAGAGGUGGCGGCGGCGGCGGUGGUCGUAGCGGUGGCGGAGGAGGCGGGUACGAAUCAGCUGCGGGCGGAGACAUGGCCAACAUCGCGGUGCAGCGAAUCAAGCGGGAGUUCAAGGAGGUGCUGAAGAGCGAGGAGGAGGAAGAUACCAACUAGAGAUCAAAAUACCAGAAACAUAUCCAUUUAACCCCCCGAAGGUCCGGUUUAUCACUAAAAUAUGGCAUCCUAAUAUUAGUUCCGUCACAGGGGCUAUUUGUUUGGAUAUCCUGAAAGAUCAAUGGGCAGCAGCAAUGACUCUCCGCACAGUAUUAUUGUCGUUGCAAGCACUAUUGGCAGCUGCAGAACCGGACGAUCCACAAGAUGCAGUAGUAGCAAAUCAGUACAAACAAAAUCCUGAAAUGUUCAAACAGACAGCUCGACUUUGGGCACACGUGUAUGCUGGAGCACCAGUUUCUAGUCCAGAGUACACCAAAAAAAUAGAAAACCUAUGUGCUAUGGGCUUUGAUAGGAAUGCAGUAAUAGUGGCCUUGUCUUCAAAAUCAUGGGAUGUAGAGACUGCAACAGAAUUGCUUCUGAGUAACUGAGGCAUAGAAAGAGCUGCUGAUAGUCAAGCUUGUCUCUUCUCCAGGAGCAUCAACAUCUGUUAUUUUUAGGAUUCUGCAUAGAUUUCUUUUAAACUGGCAUUCUUGCCUAAUGAUGUUAUCUAGGCAACCAUUGGAGACUGAAAAAAAAAAAAAUCCCUGCUAUGUAAAUAAAGCUAAUUAAACGUCUGUGUAAAUUUAAAAAGGGGAAAUACUUUUAAUUUUUUUCUUUACUAGUGUAAAAAUUCUUUGAGCUAAGCUAAAACCAUGGAAAAACAUGCUACUUUAGUGUUUAGCGGUAUAAAAAGACUAGCAAGAGUUUGCUUCAGGAUUUUCUUGAAUAAUUAAGAUAAUGUUUUGAGUGUGUCAGGGCCAUUCAAGUUGUUGGUGUUGCAUCACAGCUACCUUAAUUGUUUUUAACAUGGAUCCUCUGUGCCUGUGAAUUUACUUGCAUGCUUGUACUUGACUUCUUAGAGUGGGUAGCUGAAAAGACCACCAUUUUAUGCAUUAGGAAAUUCAUAAAUAUGAGAUUUCUCCAGAAAUGAAGAUGGUGACCCAGUCAGAGUCUAAAAUUUUGUCCUAGUUGACAGGUUGGACACUAUCUACUUUUCCCAAACUACACACAGCUUAAUAAUCUAAUGGUAGAUUUCUCUGUUUUUUGGUGGGGAAAUGUGCCAAGCAAAGUAACCCUGACUCCCUUUUGAGAUUUAGGGUUGGGAAUGUUUUGUUAUAGUUCUUUAAAGACUCAAAAGUUUUCCUAUGUAAGUAACCUAAGAAUGGAGCGGCCAAUAUUACUUCUCUUGCAAAAACGGUAAAUGCUUUGGUGUUGCGGAAUUCCUGCAUGUAAUGAAAGGAAAGAAUUAGUUUUGCAAUGAAUUUGACUUAGAGUUUCAAAUUGAUGAAGUUUUCUUUGAGAACAUUGAAGAAUAUAGUCCACUGUUUCCAAUUAGCCUGAUUUUGGGCCUUUUUUUUUUUUUUUUUUUUUUUGAGACAAGGUCUC